AUGGAACUCCUUCACCCGUACAGUGUUUUCGAUGUGGUUGCCGUCUCAGUCUGCGCUAGCCUGGUCUUUGCCAUGAUCAGGAGACUCUUCCUCCGCUCUAAAGUGACCAUUCUCUCUGGACCAAAGCGCCCUAAUUGGCUCUGGGGUUACAAUCGGAUGCUCAUCAGUGGAACCAGUGGUGAUUAUUUCGAGGACUGGCAGAAGCAAUAUGGCGAUGUCUAUCGUAUCCCCACGGCUGCCGGGGCCGAACGUACGGUGAUCAUGGAUUCUCGUGCCAUCGGAUAUAUCCUUAACACCAACGCCUAUAACUUUGUCCGCCAUGAAGGUAAUCGCAGGUCGAUACGGCGCAUGCUUGGCGGUGGAAUUCUGACCGUAGAAGGCAAGUGUUUUCAAGCCAUUAAUGUCAAUUAUUCUCACCACGAGCACCGUAAGGCAAUGAGUCCUGGUUUCACGAUCGCCUCCAUCCGGUUCUUCACCACUAUCUUCACAGACGCGACGCACAAAGUGAGAGAGCAAUGGCUAGCCAAAAUGGCAGACAGCAAGGACAAAGAAAUUGUCCUCGACAUUGAGCACUGGAUGAAUGCAAUCUCAUUUGAAUCCAUCGGAGAAGCCGGCUUUUCCCAUGACUUUGAUUGCAUCAAUGAUGAGGUGUCGACGAUUGGCACGGCUUUCACUUCCUUGGGAUCAACCAGCGGAAAUCUCGCUUCGGCCAUUGUCCUCGCCUUGGUUCAGGCUUUCCCCAUUGUUGCGUCGCUCCCGCUUGCACGGAACAAGGCUAUGGACAACCUUCAUUUUCUGAUGCAGGACGUGGCAAAAUCCGUGACGAAGGAGCGAAAGACCAUGUCGAGUGAGGUGUCUGAUGACCGUCGUUCGCUUGUUGCUUCCAUUAUCAAGGCAGAGAACCGCAACUUGAGCGAGGACGAGGUUAUUGCCCAGAUCAACACGUUGUUACUUGCUGGAUUCGAGACCACAUCAACUACCAUGGCGUGGUGUCUGCACGAGCUCUCGAUAAAUCCUCGGGUUCAGAACAAAUUGAGAGAAGAAAUCAUGAGGUUCCCUGCUGCGACUCACGAACAGCUGGCCACGCAGAUGCCCUACUUGAACGCCGUCGUCCAGGAAACAUUGAGGACUCAUCCAGCCGUCGUGGAGAACCACCGCGUAACCAUGAAAGACGACUCAAUUCCACUCCAGCGCCCUAUUAAACUGGCAAACGGGAAGACUGUUGAUCAUAUUGAGGUUUCCGCCGGCAUGGGUUUGAUCAUUCCUAUCGAGGCUAUGAACAAGUCCAGCGCAUUUUGGGGACCCGAUAGCCAUGAGUUCAAGCCCGAAAGAUGGUUGGAAAAUGAGCUUCCGAAGAAAGUGACAGAGAUUCAGGGUUUCCACCAUUUGCUGACCUUUAUCGAUGGCCCUAGGAACUGCAUUGGAAAGAACUUCGCUGUGGCUGAAUUCAAGGCUGCCAUGUCUGUAAUAAUUAGCUCCUUCGCAUUCGCUCCUCUCACGGACGGAUCUGACAUCCAACGCGUCCGCACUCUUGUGCAGCGCGUGAGGAACAAAGGGUAUGACGGACUCCUGUUGCGCGUGAGUAGGGUUGAGGACGAUUGA